UUUUUUUCUUAAUUGAGGUUAUAUCACCGAACCACACAGAAAAUAGGUUAUAUUUAUAGUAUUUUUGAACAGAAAGGCUCUGACAGCUCCGAAAACGUUCGUCUUCAAAAUCGCAUAUCCGAAUACUCCGCAAUCACGUGAUUUAACUCGGCCUCUGCCCGCCCUCAUCUGCGAUUUGUAAUGUCGAACGCAGCUGUAAUAUGUUUUCGAUUUCGAUGAAGUUUUCGAUCGUAUGUUUUGGAAGUUCGAGUUGAAUUUUCCUUUUUUUGUUUCUUUAUGAAUCGCUAACUUUGCAAAAGUAAUAUAAUUGUAAAAAAAAUAAUACAUUUUAUACUAGAUAGGAUAAAUGGAAAUAAUAAGUGAAAACGCUGCUAGUCUAAGUAAUUAUGAAGUAUUUGUGCAUUUACAGAAAAUCAAGGAAAGUAGGAAGAAACAAAAAGGACAACUUGCCACCAUUACUUAUGAGACUUUGAGAUAUCUAGAAGAAACUUCUUGUAAAAAUCAGAAUCCAGAAGAUAUAACACAAUGUCUAAAAGACUUGGAGGAAUUUAAUUUAAACAAAUCUGAAAAAUUAAUGUUAGUAAAUACACCUCCCGCGACUCCACUUGAAAUUCAGUUGAUGAUUGAAGAAAGUGAGGAAAGACUCUCGGAGGAGCAAGUACAAACUAUAUUAAGUAUCUUGGCAAAACACUUUCCUCAUUUGCACAUUGUUAAAACAGAGCAGGAGGAUGAAGAAAACUUAGAUUAAAGAACAAAAUGUAUAUUUUUUGUUACAUUUAUUUAUGUUAAUUAAUUUUUAUACAAAUAGUUUAUUAAAUUAUCUUUUUUGAUCUCCUAGAUCUUCAAUAAAAUCUUCAUCAAUCUAAAAUA